GCGUGACGCUCUUUGAAGUUUGCUCUUCCUUACAUAAUUAAUAAUUCCUACAGCGAAGGCGGCCGCGGCGCACGCUUCAAGUAGUCUUUCAAGUAUUCCCAACAUGUCCAUCACUAUUCCUACAGGCUCAUAUAUUAUCAUGAAUGCCACAACUCGCACCUACCUGAAUGUGUUCUUUUUCCAGCCUGUUCCGGCUGACAUCGUCAAUAGUGUUGGAAAUCGCCUGGGAAAUGACAUCUGGAACGUAGCGAACACUGAAUUGUGUGGGGUGACCAUCCAGUCCUUUGGGACUGGUGCGUUCCUCUCCUUCGACCAGUCAAACAAAUCCGACACCCCCGCUGGCAGCGUCGUCACCAGCAGCUCGAUUUAUCCGUGGAGUUUGCAACAAAACACUUCAGUCCCAUAUGCCUGGAAUAUCGUGGACAACCACACUAGAAAGGCGCUGGCUGUACACAAUGACUCUACUGCGAACGCGGCACAAGUUCUAGAGGUUGACAAUUUAAAUAACCCAAGCCAAGCUUGGCUCUUCAUCGCAAAAGAACCCGUACCUGGUACCAACUAGUUGCUAUCCAAUAUUGUGAUGGUUAAGGUACUCGGAGAUGCUGCUCCUGAACAUUGAAGAAUUUGAGGAUUGAGGACGGCAUGGUAACUUUAGCAUAUCAUUAUGGCAGGUAUCUUGUUUUACAGAAU